AUGGGGCUGCAGACGCUCAGAGCGAGCCACAAGCCUCCAAACAAGCCGGGCCACCAUUUUCGCUCGACGCAAAAGAUUUCUUUCGCGAAACUUGGCCUCUUGGCACGUGACCGUCCGGCUCUCCUGGCGCACAAACGUUCUUUCCGGACAGUGAUGAUGAUCUCAGGACUUUGCACGAAUGCCAAAGAACACCGCCUGCGGUUCUCUGUGCCCGAUCUCAGGGCUAUGCUCGUCACCUGUGGCCCGGGGAUCAGAUUGGACGGCGACCAGCGCACACAGUGCGCACAUCGUGCGCCUCUUCCCGCAGCACAUGGGGUUGCUAAAUGGGCGCCCGCGCGCCCACUAUCUUCCCGAAUCGCAUACAUGCGAUGCUCAAACGCAUCUAACUGCCCGCCAGGCUCUGGCCGCAUCUCGUCCGCCUUUCAUUUGCACUGGCGAUUUUGCGGACUGUCCUCUGUGGGUAGAGUUGAAGAGGGAAGAGUUUCCUUUUUCUUGCGUAAACUUUUAGGUUAA